AUGGAAGGAGGGACAAGGCAGAACUCAGUUCCUCUUCAUGGUUCCAUUCAUAAGUCUAGGAUUCUGGAUGUUAAACCUCUGAAAAGUUUGAUUCCUAUUUUCUCUAUGUCUUCUCAAGCUCCACCUCCUGGCCAGUAUCCUUCUGGGUUUCCACCAUUUUUCCCCUUUUGUGAACCUCAGCAAACUCCAACGGUGACCCCAAAGGGUGUUUACAUACCUAUUCCAAUAAGGGUAUAUAGGAGUCCACCAGGGCCAGGAGACUCCAGUUCAACAAUGGAGGGGUUCAGUGAUCAACGUACUUCUGGGAAGAAAAAACAUGGAUCACCAAAGUCGAGCAGUGCCAAAUCAUCCUUAGAUAAGCCUAAGAAAACUCAAGAGCCCCCUGUUGAUUUAGGUGUUUUAGUUGGUAUUACCCCUGCUCAAAAAGAUGUUAGCCGCGAAGUGGUUAAUUUUGUGCUCAUGGCGUUUGAUGCUCUUAGAAGAAGGCUCUGCCAACUUGAAGAGGCCAAGGAAUUGAGCUUGGGUCGAUCAAGCGUGCAGAUUUGA